GCCCACGCUAAUCACACCGAGCCGAGAGAGCCCAAGAAGCGGGAGGGAGCACCGAGCUGCCAUUUGCCGAUCCCCAAACACGCACGCCUUUAAUCAAUUCUGCUUACUACUAAAACCCGCGCCGGGGAACUCCUCCGUCCUGGCCCUCGAGGAAAGGAAGGACGGACUACUUGCUCUACAGCUGGAAGCAGAAGCCAAAGGGAAACGAGACGAGGGGAAGGUGGUGGUGGCGCCGCGGUGGUAAUCAUAGGGGUCGUGUAUAAAGGCUCGGCUUGUCCCGAGCUCAGGGGGAGUUGGAUCCCCUCCGCGGCGCCGUUGUGAGCUGUUUUCUCUGCGUGGGAUCCUGCUGCCUUCGUCCUCUUUCCACCCCUGCCAUUUCCACCUAUUCGGACCUCUGUCGUCUUUGGCGUGUCCACCUCUAGCUCUAGCAUCAUCUAGGUGCUGUGUUUGAUGAGGAGGUGAGCCUACCAACAGGCGGCAUUUUGUGUCUGGGCGGGUGUGGCAAUGGCGCCGUGGUGGGGGCAGGAGGCGCGGGGAGGGGGCGGCGGGGGAACGCCUGUGGUGGUGAAGAUGGAGAGCCCGGACUGGUCCAUCUCCGAGGUGGCGGCGCCUGGGUCGCCCGCGGCGGGGGGCAAGGCCGGCCGCGGCAAGAACGCGCGCCAGAUCACGUGGGUGAUGCUGCUCAAGGCGCACCGCGCCGCGGGGAAGCUCACGGGCGCGGCCUCCGCCGCGCUCUCCGUGGCGGCCGCCGCGCGGAGGCGGGUGGCGGCCGGGCGGACCGACUCCGACGCGGCCACGACGGCUGGGGAGAGCCCCGUGCUGCGCACCAGGUUCUACGCCUGCCUCCGCGCCUUCCUCCUCUUCUCCAUGCUCCUCCUCGCCGUCGACGUCGCCGCUCACGCCCAGGGAUGGCACCUCGCCGCCGUCCCCGACCUGGAAGCCGUCGAGGGGCUCUUCGCCGCCGCCUACGCGUCCUGGAUGCGCGCCCGCGUCGCGUACCUCGCGCCGGCUCUGCAGUUCCUCACCAACGCCUGCGUCGUCCUGUUCCUGAUCCAGAGCGCCGACCGACUCAUCCUUUGCCUCGGCUGCUUAUGGAUCAGGCUCAGGGGAAUCAAGCCCGUCCCCAAUACCACCGGCGGCAAAGCGUCGGACGAUAUCGAGACCGGCGUCGAGGAGUUCCCCAUGGUGCUCGUGCAGAUUCCAAUGUGCAACGAGAAGGAGGUGUAUCAGCAAUCCAUUGGAGCUGUCUGCAAUCUGGACUGGCCAAGGUCAAACUUCUUGGUGCAGGUGCUGGAUGAUUCUGAUGAUGCUGCGACUUCAGCUCUUAUCAAAGAGGAGGUGGAGAAAUGGCAACGGGAGGGUGUCCGCAUAUUGUACCGACAUCGGGUGAUCCGUGACGGCUACAAGGCUGGAAACCUCAAGUCAGCCAUGAACUGCAGCUACGUCAAAGAUUAUGAGUUUGUUGUCAUCUUUGAUGCUGAUUUCCAACCACAAGAAGACUUCCUGAAGAAAACUGUGCCCCAUUUCAAGGGCAAUGAGGAUGUAGGAUUAGUUCAGGCAAGGUGGUCUUUUGUAAACAAGGAUGAGAACUUGUUAACUAGGCUGCAAAACAUAAAUCUGUGCUUCCACUUUGAGGUGGAGCAGCAGGUUAACAGUGUAUUUCUCAAUUUCUUUGGGUUCAACGGAACCGCAGGAGUGUGGAGAAUCAAGGCACUUGAGGAUUCUGGAGGAUGGAUGGAGAGAACAACAGUUGAAGACAUGGAUAUAGCUGUCCGAGCACAUCUCAAGGGAUGGAAGUUUCUGUAUCUUAAUGAUGUUGAGUGCCAGUGUGAAUUGCCGGAGUCAUAUGAAGCAUACAGAAAACAGCAGCAUCGAUGGCAUUCUGGUCCCAUGCAGUUGUUUAGACUCUGCUUUGUGGACAUUAUCAAAUCAAAGAUUGGGUUUUGGAAGAAGUUCAACCUCAUAUUCCUUUUCUUUCUCCUCCGCAAACUCAUUUUACCCUUCUAUUCCUUUACUCUUUUCUGCGUCAUCCUUCCCAUGACAAUGUUUGCUCCUGAAGCUGAGCUCCCUGCUUGGGUAGUAUGCUACAUUCCGGCAACAAUGUCCUUACUUAACAUCCUCCCUGCCCCAAAAUCCUUCCCAUUCAUUGUUCCUUACCUUCUGUUCGAGAACACCAUGUCAGUGACCAAAUUCAACGCUAUGAUCUCUGGCUUGUUCCAGCUCGGGAGUGCCUAUGAGUGGGUUGUCACUAAGAAAUCAGGCCGUUCUUCUGAGGGCGACCUUGUCGCCCUUGUCGAGAACGAGAAGCAAUCUAAGCAACAGAGAGUAGGGUCUGCACCCAAUCUUGACUGCCUAGCAAAGGAGGAAUCCCGCCCUAAAGAGGAUUCCAAAAAGAAGAAACACAAUAGGUUAUAUAGGAAGGAACUAGCACUCUCCUUCCUUCUCUUGACAGCAGCAGCUCGCAGCUUGCUAUCGGUUCAGGGUAUACAUUUCUACUUCCUUCUGUUCCAAGGGGUCUCGUUCUUGGUUGUCGGACUUGAUCUAAUCGGUGAGCAAGUCAAAUGAUAGGAUACUAUAAUGUUCUUUUUAUCCAUUUGAAGCACGUGGAUUAUGCCAACAAAGAUCACUUCUAGAAUUAAGAGGAAAUAAUGAUACACGAUUUGAUUUGAUGGGUACACAAGAAGCUCUGAUCGAUGGUGCCCAAUUGUAAGGGGUUGCAGUUGAUCAGAGACACUUAAAUGUUGGGGGUUGUAGAUAUAUGGCUUGGGACUCGGCCGGUGAGAUAGUCUUCGAGGUCUCAUUCUUUUGUACGGAGUAAGAAUCUUCAAUGGUUAAUUAGAUUGGGUUGAUGUCUUCUUGUUUUCUCUCGACAGUUUACCUUCAAAUGGAGAUACUGUUGCCAUCUGUAAUGUACUUUGGCUCGUCACUACUACAAAUUAAUGCAUAGUGAAAACUUGUUCUACGCCAGUAGCACUAACGCCACACCAUGGUGGCAUGGUGCCUUUGCAUUUUGAGCAUCAGAAGAUUUGUGGAUGUGUCUGGUGGAUUCAAAAGUUUGCAUGAAAUGGAAACA